AUGUUUCUAUUACCUCUUUUUGUUUUAAAUAUUUUUUGUUUGGUUGUUUCAGCAAAUUGUAAGUUUAUGUUAAGUAAAAUUUCUUUGAAAAUUUUAAAAUUAUUGUUGUUUUGUUUAAGAAUCUCAUCCCAGAAAAUGAGAUUGGUCCCCUUACUUAUCUGAGAGCUUUCCGAAGGAAACUUGACCGGCAAUACUGAAUGUUUAAAUUUUCGAGUGGAAAGCCAAAAAAAUCAAAGAAAAAAUGCAGGAGUUGAGGAAAAGGAUCAAAUAAAAUUCCACGCGGGAUCCCGUCU